UCCAAGGCCUAAGGAGGCAAGAGGCCUUCAAGUCGCCUCCUGCUCAGCAAAGGGGUUGCUCAGCAGGCCGGGGUUCCUGGUCCACCCCAGGUCCCUGGUUUGCCCACCUCCGAUGGCGGCCUUCGCUGGCAGUGUGGGCGCCUCUGGGGAGCCAGCUCCAUCUCAGCGCCUUUAGAACCUCAUCUCUUCCACGUCCCCGGCCUUCCUCCCCUUCCAGGCUGCUGUCCCUGCCGGGGUCCAGAUAGUGUCCGAGGGCCGGCGGUUCGACGGCGGGCCCGGGGUUCAGCCUCCCGGCCUCCCUCGUCCCCGACUCUCCUUUCUUCCGAGAGGGCGCGGGGUCCGGGGCCAAAGCGCCGCUCUUGGGAUUCUCCUGGACUCGGAGGUGCCCCAGGCGGGCGCAGCUCUGCCCCGCGGGGUGCCAGCCUCGGCGGGCAAGGUCCGUGAGUCACCGCCUGUAACCCAACACCAGGCCUCCCUGCCCCCUCCCCCAGCUCCGGCCGCCAGGCCGCGGCGACACCUACAAGAAAAUGAAGGGGCGCCUGGGCCCGCGGCGCCCCCGGCCGGAUGGCGAGCAGGUCCCGGCGGCCCCCGGCUCGCGGCGCUCUAGCUUCCCUGGCCCCGGGGCUCGGUCAGCCGCAACCGCCGUCCCGGCGCGAGCAGGAAUCCAGGCCGAGCGGCCGGAGCCGGAGCCCCGAGGCGGCGGAGGGCCCGCGAUAGCUGCGACUGGCGAGCCCUUGAGCGCCCGGGGAGGGGCGCCCAGCUUGGAAUUUCCCGGUCCCCUCCGGCCCAGCGAGGACCAAGCCCCCCUGGCCGCCGCCGCCGCCGCCGUGGCCUACGCCGCGCCGCACAAAGAGCGAGUCGCGACACGCUCCCAUCCCCCUCCCAGCUCACGGCGGCCCCGGCCCGGGGUGGCUGCAGGGAGGUGGGGGAAGCCCUAGCUGCACCGCCCCUCGCUCCUCCUCCCCCGGGGCAGCGCGAGCGCCGUCCCUGCCCCCGCCCCCGCCCCGUCUGCGCGUCCUCCAGGGGAGGGGUUGGGGGGCGCGGCGCCCCACAUAACACUCCCCCUCCUGCGCUCCGAGCCACCCUCUCCCCUCCUUCCUGCAAACACCACCGCCUCCCCUGCCACCGCCGCCACCUCGCCCGAAGCUCCACAGUUCGCCGCGGCCGGGGGGCGGUGCGCGGACCGUGCGCGCCGCGGGCGCCAGAUGUGCAGUCCCCGCCGCCGCCAGUGACCGAGCCGCAGCCCGAGCGGGAUCGGGCCGCCUCCCUGAUGCUGCGGGGGCGACCUUGAGCGUACCGCGGCUUCCCUUAGUGGGGACCACGACAACCCAGCGCUGUGCCCGGUGUUGCCCUCUGCAGCCCGGCUCGCCCCGCGCUUGGACAUGGAAGGGGCCGCCGCGCCCGUGGCGGGGGACCGCCCCGACUUGGGGCUGGGGGCGCCGGGCUCUCCUCGAGAGGCGGUGGCGGGGGCAACUGCUGCCCCCGCGGCGGCGGCCGCCCCGGAGCCCAGGAAGCCUCACGGGGUGAAGCGGCAUCACCACAAGCACAACUUGAAGCACCGCUACGAGCUGCAGGAGACCCUGGGCAAAGGCACCUACGGCAAAGUCAAGAGGGCCACCGAGAGGUUUUCGGGCCGAGUGGUUGCUAUAAAAUCCAUUCGUAAGGACAAAAUUAAGGAUGAACAAGACAUGGUUCACAUCAGACGAGAGAUUGAGAUCAUGUCAUCUCUCAACCAUCCUCAUAUCAUCAGUAUUUAUGAAGUGUUUGAGAACAAAGAUAAGAUUGUGAUCAUCAUGGAAUAUGCAAGCAAAGGGGAGCUGUACGAUUACAUCAGUGAGCGGCGGCGCCUCAGUGAGAGGGAGACCCGGCACUUCUUCCGGCAGAUCGUCUCCGCCGUGCACUAUUGUCACAAGAACGGUGUGGUCCACCGGGACUUGAAGCUGGAAAAUAUACUGCUCGAUGACAACUGCAAUAUUAAGAUUGCUGACUUUGGGCUUUCCAACCUGUACCAGAAGGAUAAGUUCUUACAAACGUUUUGUGGGAGUCCACUCUAUGCAUCUCCUGAGAUUGUCAAUGGGAGACCUUACCGAGGGCCAGAGGUGGACAGCUGGGCCCUGGGCGUGUUGCUUUACACCCUUGUUUAUGGAACAAUGCCCUUCGAUGGUUUCGAUCACAAAAACCUCAUUCGGCAGAUCAGCAGUGGAGAGUACCGGGAGCCCACGCAGCCCUCAGAUGCUCGAGGACUCAUACGGUGGAUGCUGAUGGUGAACCCCGAUCGCCGGGCCACUAUUGAGGACAUUGCCAACCACUGGUGGGUGAACUGGGGCUAUAAGAGCAGCGUGUGUGACUGCGAUGCCCUCCAUGACUCUGAGUCCCCACUCCUGGCUCGGAUCAUUGACUGGCACCACCGUUCCACGGGGCUGCAGGCUGACACCGAAGCCAAAAUGAAGGGCCUGGUCAAACCCACGACCUCUGAGGUCAUGCUAGAGCGGCAGCGGUCGCUGAAGAAAUCCAAGAAAGAGAAUGACUUUGCUCAGUCUGGUCUGGAUGCAGUGCCUGAAAGCCCAUCCAAGUUGAGUUCUAAGAGGCCCAAGGGGAUCCUGAAGAAGCGAAGCAACAGCGAGCAUCGCUCUCACAGCACUGGCUUCAUUGAAGGUGUAGUUGGUCCUGCCUUACCCUCUACUUUCAAGAUGGAGCAGGACUUAUGCAGGACUGGUGUGCUCCUCCCAAGCUCACCAGAGGCAGAGGUGCCGGGAAAACUCAGCCCCAAGCAGUCGGCCACAAUGCCCAAGAAAGGCAUCUUGAAAAAGACCCAGCAGAGAGAAUCAGGUUACUACUCUUCCCCAGAGCGCAGCGAGUCUUCGGAGCUGUUGGACAGUAAUGAUGUGAUGGGCAGCAGCGUCCCCUCCCCCAGCCCCCCAGACCCAGCCAGGGUGACCUCCCACAGCCUCUCCUGCCGGAGGAAGGGCAUCUUGAAACACAGCAGCAAAUACUCAGCGGGCGCCAUGGACCCGGCCCUGGUCAGCCCUGAAAUGCCCACACUGGAAUCCCUGUCAGAGCCUGGUGUCCCUGCCGAGGGCCUUUCCCGGAGCUACAGCCGUCCUUCCAGUGUCAUCAGCGAUGACAGCGUGCUGUCCAGCGACUCUUUCGACUUGCUGGAUUUGCAGGAGAAUCGCCCUGCCCGCCAGCGCAUCCGCAGCUGCGUCUCUGCAGAAAACUUCCUCCAGAUCCAGGACUUUGAGGGGCUCCAGAACCGGCCCCGGCCCCAGUACCUGAAGCGGUACCGGAACCGGUUGGCAGACAGCAGCUUCUCCCUCCUCGCAGACAUGGAUGAUGUGACUCAGGUCUACAAGCAAGCGCUAGAGAUCUGCAGCAAGCUCAACUAGCACUCCAGGAUGCCGGGGGCAGGUGGGGGUACGAGGGAGGAAGGGGAGCAAGACUUGGGCUCAUAGGCUGGUUACCUCUUUGCUGGCCAUGACAACAGACUGAAAAAGGAUUGGCACUGUCUCACUUGGCCAAGUUUGCAGCCUUGAGCCAACACUUAAAAGGGAGGGGUGGGCUCUUCUGCCAGUUCUGACAACUGUCAGUCAGAAUUUGGGCCCUAUUUGGCAUUUGCUUUAUGGCACCUCCUAGAGGACCAGCUGUCCAGGAGAGGUGGUGUUGACUGGCACUCAGUGGGUAGAGAGGAAGCAUAUGGGGAGGGAGCAUUUCCUUAGAAGUUAUCCAAAUGCUUCUGGAGGAGGGGCAGGAGACACUUGGGCUGUUUGCCUUGGGUGAGCCCGAAGAACUUGCCCCUUUUCUCCUUGCAUUAGCAAGCUAGGUCUGGCUGCAUGGAGCUGGCAAGUAGAUUUCAGCAACUUGAGCUUGAGUUGAUGAUCAAUUAAUAGUGGCUGCCGGUUGUGCUGGUGUGAGUGACCCACAUCAUGGGGAAGGAGGGCUGUGAUUGACUAGUAAUGGCUACCACGGGAAAGGGAAGGGAAGCAGUAGCACUAAUGCUAUGUAGUUGUUAUCUUUGAUCUGGCUGGGCCCUCGGAAUUGGGUUUAGUCAUCCUGUGGGAUCUAUGUUAACUCUUUCAUCCACUGGUGAGGCAUUUGUUAAUUUGCUACUCAACUUUGAGGAAAUACAGGGCCUUGGUCAGAGAGAGAACACUCUGAACUCUGCUAAGGACAUAGAGUCAGCCCAUGGUGAUUUAGCUCCUUGCUGUUCACCUCCUCUUUCCUGAUGUCUGCCUUGCUCUACAGCACAACCUCUUGAGUGUGGACAGGGAGAAAGAUGAUGGUGUCAGAGGUAAAAACUAUUGUAUAUGACAGGGCACAAGAUGGUCUGUGAUCUUUGCACAGAUGAAUGGAAGUUGAUGUGCACCAAUAAGAGGCAACUUGUCACUUUCUUUCUCAAUAUUAACUGGAAUGCUGCCUCUUGGGUUCUCACAUGCAUGGAUGCUUUGAGUUGGACGUGCUACUGUCCAUAGUUUCCAGAGGAUUACCUGGCUCAACCAUUGGCUCUGUUCACCAAUGACAAAUGGUUUGUUUCCCCAUCCACUGAGUGUAGCAUCCUCAGAGGUAGAUAAGUUUGCUUCUAGGGAGUUAGAUGUAGGUGGGAUAUUGGGAUGAGAAAAGGAAAAUCAGGUAGACGGUGCUUUUUUCCCCCAAAUCUAAGUAUUCUAUGUCAUGGUUUUAAACUUUGACAUGAACUCCUGGGCUUUGGGGGAAAAGAAAGUUCCAUUCAUUUAAAUGAAUAAGGUGUUGAAAGAGUGCAGGGGGUUGGGAGGAAGCAUGUAAGAGAGUGAACAUUUCCUUAGAUGUCACCCAGAUGGUUCUGGGGGAGGUAGAAAAGAGGUGCGGCAGGACUCUUAUCUUAAAAAGAAAAAGAAAAAAAAAAAGAAAAAAA